AUGGAGGGCAACUUCUCUCUAUUAAUGGAACCGUCAUCUGAGCAUUCUAUCCCGCAACUGAGCCGGACUGCAUACACGGCCUUUGCUGUGUACUUGGGUUUUGUGCUGAUUCUAAGCCUGCUUGGGAACGGCCUGUUUAUUCUUACCAUAGUCCGAAACAAAGAUCUCCAGAAUGCUGUCAAUUUCCUCUUAGUGAACAUUUGCAUCGCUGAUAUGAGUGUCGCAUUAUUUGCCACGCCGAUCACGCUUAUGGCAAAUGUGCAGGGCUUCUGGAGCUUCGGUCCGUUGGUUUGUAGAUGGUACGCGUUUUUGUCGUCUCUAUGUGGAUGUGAACAGAUCGCAAGCAUUGCAGCCAUCGCUCUCCAGCGUUAUUUCUUCGUUGUGAAAUACAAUCUGUCGGCGCGAACCAAUGUUUAUGUCAUUGCCUGUAUUUGUUUUACAUGGCUUUAUUCAUUAGCUGCUGUAAUACCUCCCGCUAUCGGAUGGAGUGAGUUCACAGUUGAAGGUGGAGGAACAUCGUGCUCAGUGAACUGGGAGUCUGGGGACCCUUCGUACAUCAUUUUUAUCUUCACUCUCGUCUUGGUCAUACCUUCGUCGAUUAUUAUUUACUCAUAUGGAAGUAUACUCUCAACAGUAAAAAAGACGGAAAAAGUCAGCACUUUACAUCGAUGUCGACUGAGAAGAGCCGAUAAACAAGUAACCACCAUGGCCAUCAUACUGGUGUUGGCGUUCAUGAUAACAUGGGGGCCCUAUGCAGUUUACUCCAUGUAUUCGGCCGUUGGGAUCGGCCCACCAAUCUCACCUCUCUUAGCUACACUUCCCUCCAUGUUCGCAAAACUAUCAACUGCUGUCAACCCAUUCAUUUAUUACUUACUACAUAAAAAGUUCAGAACAGCUCUAUUUAAAAGUGGCAGGAGGAGUAAGAACUGGCUGUCAACUAGGAGGCAAGCUUUGAAGACAUCAUCUCUAUAGUGGAAGAUCUUAUCUGAGCACCAUCACUGCUCAUCAUCGUUUUAAUAAGAACACUGCAACUACAAACCCCGAUUUUCACCCUAAUAUCAGCCCGACGUUCAAAUCUCUUUAUUGCCUGCCGAACUGCGAUAAUUCAUUUAAAACUACUUAAUAACGUCGAAAGUUCUCAAUAAACAGACCCUAUUAUUAUAUGAUCAGUCUCCUCCAUCCAUAUGCAUCACCCUGCAACCUGUGUUCAUCACAUAAUUUAACCUCUCCCUGCUGUAAACGCCAUCACCAUUACUCGAACGUAAUAAAUGUUGUCUAAUUACUUUCAGCUCGAUAUAAAAGUGUUCCAGACAGACAGACAGACAGCCAUAAUCCAUCUAUUUUUUUAUUACUAUUCUUUAUUUCUUUGACUUCUCAUUUUGGGAGACUCAUAUCGACGUCGUGCAACAAAGUGGAGAUGUUUUCCCCAGUGCUGCAUGUCCUUAUUUUUUAUGAUUUGUGUCUUUGGUGUAAACAUUUAUCAAGGCGUGUUUCUUUUGAGGAAGUAAUUCUCCUUAGAGGACGGUGCUGUGGGUUUGUAAUGGAAAUCAUAAUUAUCUGGACGCGAAGAGUGUAUUAAGUAGAUCGUUAGGUCUUGCGAGGACACAUACAACUAAUAUUUACAGAGAGGAAGAUUGCGUAAUAAUGGAUGAAUUAUAUAAUGAGGACACAAACAAGAAGGGUGAAAUAUAUGAGGACAAAAUGUGAGAAUAGAUCUGUUGCAGAAGGCGGCGCUUUUGGAAACAGCGAGGAUCCUAAGAAAGAC